UUUAGUAAACAAAUUCCUUCUUUGAUUGGAAAUUCCCCUGAGCUUCUCUCUUUCAGAAGUCUAGUUUUACCCACUUCGCUCCAAUAACGGCUGUGUCCUUCGUCCUAUCGAAUUUCCAUUAGAAGAACCAUUUCAACAUCAAAAACUAUGGUAACUGUCACCCUUCCUAGAUUUUUUUCGCACUAUAAUUUCCAUGCACAUUUGAAACCAUUCUUUUGUAGAGAUUUGGUUCCUUUCCUUUUGGCUUUACUUCUAUUAUUUAAUGGGGAGGCCGACUUGAGUUUAAAUGAAACUCAUCAAGAGUUACUUAAGCGUUAUUCACAGUUCGCUCGGUACCAGCGGAAUGAAAACAUGAAGGCAAUUCAAUAUGCAUUUCAGGAUGUCAUUGAUUCCAGACUCCUCGAAGCAACUUACACUGCUGAAGAAGUUCGAGAGAUGUUGACUACUUUGAGUGAAGUUGUACGAGGAGAUAUGGAAACUGAACUUAUCAGCUUUGCCCAUAUUAAUGUUCUGCUCAUUCAACAACUCUGCUCACAAGCUGAGAAGUGGCAUUUGAGGUUGAAGGUAGAUUUAGAUCAACUUCAGGAUCAGGAACUGUUAGAGAAAGUGAAGGCAUGGGAAAAGGGUGAAGAUCAGCCUUUUGCUGCAAGGAGACCAGAAAAAUUGGAACCAUUGGGAAACGAAGGGUCACAAGGGCCUGGUCAACUGUUGCGUGAACAGAAUGAUUUAUUACGUCAGGAGAAUGUUGACCAUCAAAAUAAAAUCCACGAUCUGCAAGGACAAGUGCAUCGCCUUGAACAAGAAAGGAGUUUGUUGCAAAGGAGCCUUAUUGAAUUCAAGGAUGAAAUGGAGCAAUUCCAAAAGGCCAACCUAUCAAAAAGUUUAGAGCUGGACACAAGUCACUUUGAGGAGGUGGAGAACAAGCUAAGUGCACUCAGUUGCAGCCUCAAAGAGACUGAAGAAGGUCGCCAAGAAGUUCUAACACAGUUAGAUCAGACUAGUGAGCAAUUACUCCAAGUCCAAUCUCAGCUCCAGUUGGCAGAGCAGGAACUUGAAAGGAAAUUCAGCCAGACAGCUGCAUAUGCUACAAUGAAGAAAAUCUUGACCACAAAGAAUGAGCAGAUAAAGGAACUUCGUAAGAAGUUGCAGUCUUAUGAACCAGAAGAUGCAGUGGGAGAUGUUGAAAGAGAAUGAUGGUGGGUUUUACUUUCUUCAGGGCAACUUUUGUACUUCUUUAUUUUUUACAAGAGCUUUGACAUCACAAUUUUAUAUUCUUUUGUUUUAUGAUAGGAGCAAUCUUGUAUCUUUCCUAGAAAUAAUUUAUUUUUCAAGUAGAAACAUGAAUAACUUUGUACCUCUUCUUGUCACUUAACUUAUUUAUCACAUUUUUCAUGUUUUAAAAUUAAAUUUGUCACUUAUUUUAAAUGUAUUGCCGUCACCAACGGUCACCAAGGUGUGAAAAUUUGUGUGUAUUUUAGUCAUUUUUUUCAGACUGUCACCUAAAUAAAUAUUUUUUCAUUGCAGCUGUACCGAGCUGUACACUGUUUUAACGUUGGUGGGAUUGUCAUAAUUCUGGUUGAAUUUUAAUUGAAUAAACUAAAGCAAACAGCG